CUGUGUUGCUCUGUCGAACGGGUGGCGGCGAUAUGGCUGUUUUUGCUGUUUUCCUGUUGCUGGCGCUGGCGGGGGCGCGAGCGUGCGAGGAACAGCAGCGUGGCACGCCAGGUGCACCCACGCCCACUCCAGCCGCCCCCACAGAUGGGCCACCUACUCACACACCAGCCAUCGAUCUGUCCCCAGUCCCCCCGCCACGACUGUGGUAUGCGGCGAGACGUACGGAACCCUCGCUCUACAGAUAUGCCUUGCUGAAUGCAGCGAGAUUGCGGGACAGGGACUUCAUCGAGAGACUGAGAGAAUGUUGUGAAGAAGAAGAUCCAGAUGGUUUCUGUGUGUGUCCUGAUAAACUUUACGCUGAAGCAAUGCAGUACGAAGAAUAUGGCGCGGUAGAACGUUGGUUCGAAGAGUGUCCUGAAGGUCGCCAUGAGUUGUGGCCUGACGAAAAUGGACCACUAGAUUAUUCCCUUCGCCGUCCACCAAUAGUUCCUUCGGUGUCGCAGGUUGACGCGGAACAGCCAAAUAGCUAUGAUUGGUUAAAAUGCACAGAAUCAAUGCCGUUUGAAACACUUCCUGUCAGUCCCACCGUUACUCAUUUGUUCAGAGACAGACAGGCGCAGCCGAUUGCUAUACAGUCGUCUUCACGUCCUAUCUCUUCUGUAACCUGCAAACCAGAACCGGAAGACUUUUCAUUACAAAGAUGGACUCCGCAGUCUGUCAGCAAGUACACAAUGGAGAACGUACAAAUUGUGCCCUCAUCACGGUCGCUGCCUCCCGUUUCAGACAUCCUGCCUGAGACCAGUUUGUAUGAAGGCAGUGAGCGUGUAAUGAGAAAUGUGAACCAGAACCAUAGCUAUCACAGUGUUCGGUCAGCGAGGGAAAUGGAUGCGGCGCAAUCGCUGGUCUCCAUGUUAACUUCAGAGGUGACCAUACAAGUUGUCAACGUGGAGUCUGAUAAUGAACCUGUGCCUAUGGAUGAUGACAGCGACAUAUCUCGUGAAACUAUGCAGGUUGAUGAUGGUAGUGACACAUCAGAUGAGUCUUUCGUAGAAGUCGGUAGCCUAGGAUCAUAUGUAGCUCAGGAAGGUACUGCUGAAAGCCUGUCGGACCAGUCAUCGGAGAUGGAAGUUGUGAACAUGACACCAGAUGAGUCUAUGGAUGUCAUGGACACCACUGAGCCAGACGAUUUGGAUUUGGGGAUGGAGAUAGAGAGCAAUGUUCCAGACAUUGCUGCCGAAGUGGAGGUUGGCACGCCAAUGGAACAAGAGGAAGAAGCCGUUAUUCAACAACUGCAGGCAGAUGUGACAACGGAACAAGUCAGCAUCCUACAGCUGCCUGCUGCACCUCCAGAGCCGCGACCAGCGCUUAGUGGACCGUGGCGUCCGCCAUCGCAGCCACCGCCUGACAUUUCCUUUCCUGAUUACCCUGGAACACGAUACUCAAGAGACAGGGAACCUGUAAUCUAUUCCGCAGUUGGCUACCCAGGAAGCGAAAUGUUAGGUCCUUUCAACCCUUCAAAAUGGAUGCCACCGCCACAGAAAGACGUCAGCAAACAGCUGGACAGAAUAUUUGGCUUGCAGGAGGAGGAUAAAAAGGAAUCGGGCCUGAAGAUGCCCGAAUUAAACCACUGUUUGGGUGAACUGAAAUACGCUCUGUACGGGACAAACGUGCGACCUGUGUACGUGGUGUACGUGAGGUGUCGCCCGGAUCCUGACAAUUGCCUGCCACCCACAGUAUGCUCGCCAGUGUUCAGCUCUGUUACUGUGUCCAGGCGGAAGAACGUUCCCUUUCGGCAUCAAGUGUUCAAGCUCAUGGGAGACCCGCACGACGAGUGGGAACCUGCUGUUUUACAGGUGUCGACGGCCUGCUUCUGCUCUCGGCCAAAUUAUAACCCGGGAACAAUGACCUUAUUUGACAUACCACCAGCUACCUAAGAAAUAGUGCACUGGCUGGUGCUACGAUAUCGUGUGAACUGUUACGGGAGUGGUGUUAAGGCAGUUCUGUUUUAAAGAUUGAUGAUGUAUAUAUUGCUAAUAUAUUUUAUUAGAAAGUCUGUGCCACCAUUUUACGAGUACUGACGAUUCGUGUAAGGUUUCUGCUGAACUGCAUGUAAAAUAGAGAACAUAUUUAUUGAU